AUGAUCGACAGCGUCCUCGUUCUGGGCGCCGGCGAGCUGGGCCUCGGCAUGCUCGAGGCGCUGGCUCGUCACCCCCGCCGCCAGAACACCCGCGUCUCUGUCUUGUUGAGACAGGCGACGCUGGACUCGGCCGCGCCGGAGAAGAAGAAGCUCACGCAGCGCAUACGGGCGCUGGGCGUCGACUUUGAGGCCGCCGACGUCGUGGGCGCGUCCGUGUCGGACCUGGCCGCCAUCUUCUCGAAAUUCGACACCAUCCUGUCAUGCAACGGGAUGGGCCUCCCGGCGGGAACGCAAGUCAAGCUCCUGGAGGCGGUGCUGGAGGCCAAGGUGAAGCGCUACUUUCCCUGGCAGUUUGGAAUGGACUACGAUGUGAUUGGGGAGGGCAGUUCGCAGGACCUCUUUGACGAGCAGCUCGAGGUGCGGCGCGGCCUGCGGGCGCAGUCGCAGCUGGACUGGGUGAUUGUGUCGACGGGCCUGUUCAUGAGCUUCCUGUUCCUGCCCGAGUUUGGCGUCGUCGACCUGGAGGCGAGGACAGUGAGGGCGCUGGGGAGCUGGGACAACCGCAUCACGCUGACGACACCGGGCGACAUUGGGCGAGUGACGGCGGACGUGGUGCUAGAUCCGCAGGACAUCAAGAGUCAAGUGGCGUACACGGCCGGGGACACCAUCUCAUACGGCGGGCUGGCCGACCUGCUGGAUCAACACUUUCAGAUCAAGUUCCGGCGCGAGCUGUGGGACGCCGCCGAGCUGCGGCGGCAGAUGGACGAGGACCCCAAUACCAUGGUCAAGUACCGGGAUACCUUUGCGCAGGGCCGGGGCGUGGCGUGGGACAAGGACUCGACGGUGAAUUUCCAGCGGGGGAUUGGAAUGACGGAUGUGAAGACGUACCUGGAGGGGUUGUAG